AUGGAAGCUUACCGAAGAAUGCUGGUGUACGGGACGGUUCUUACUUUGAUCAUUGUUGCCGGUGCCGAUCCUGCCCGGUACGAUCAGUUCCGACUGUAUCGUGUCCUUAUACGGACGCAGGAACAGGUGGAGAUGCUGCAGCAGCUAGAGGAGCAAAGCGAUAGCUACGCCUUCAUGGGUCACGCCAGACAGCCGAACCAAAAUCUAACGAUUAUGGUUGCACCGCAUAAAAUAGCUGAAAUAACGGAGUUGCUCGAGCGAUACGAUUUGCAAGGCACGAUCCUGCUUUACAACAUGCAGGAGCUUAUAGACCGGGAGCAGUCUACGAUCAAACCUAAAACCACCCGCCCGGAAGACUUCAGCUGGCACUUCUAUCACCAUCUGGACACGAUCAAUGCGUGGCUGCGUUUGCAAGUAUCACGCCAUCCCGAUCUGGAGCUAAUCGAGCUGAGCGCAAGCUACGAAAAUCAAUCCCUGUACGGUGUGAAGUUGGCGAAAAAUCCCGCCAACAGUGCAAUCUUUGUCGAGUGUGGAAUACAUGCGCGCGAAUGGAUCUCACCGGCCAGCUGUACGUUCGUGCUGAACGAGCUACUGAACUCCGACCGGGCGGACGUGCUGCACCUGGCGGAAAGCUUCAACUGGAUCAUCUUUCCGGUCGUCAAUCCGGACGGCUAUCGGUACACGUUCGAGGGAGAUCGGCUGUGGCGCAAAAAUACCAAACCGUACGGUAUCUGCCGUGGCGUAGAUCUGAACCGUAACUUUGCGAGCGAUUGGAACGGUCCGGGUGCAAGUUCCGAUCCGUGCCGGUACGAUUUUGCCGGCGGUAGCGAAGCAAGCGAACCGGAAACGCGCACGUUGGCCAGUUAUCUGGUGGAGAAUGUGCCGAAGCUGCGGAUUAGGUCGUACUUUUCGAUUCACUCCUUCUCCCAGCUGGUGAUGUUCCCGUAUGGGUAUAAAACCGACCGGGUGCCCAAUUACGAUCACUUGGUGGCGAUCGGUCGUAAGGGCGUGGAAGCGAUCGAGCAAACGCAUGGCAUGAAGUACGUUUCCGGUGCGAUGAUUGAAACGAUUUAUCCAUCGUCCGGCGAUAGUGUGGACUGGGUGUACAGUGCACUUGGCGUACCGAUAGCGUAUACGUUCGAGCUUCGGGGACCGCCGGACAGUACAAACAUGUUCGUACUGCCGGCAGAGGAAAUUAUUCCAACCGCCGAAGAGCUGCUGGCCGCCCUUGUUGCAAUGCUGGGCGAAGCUACGCGACUGGGCUAUUACGAAGGUGAUGGGGAUAAGCAAGAACUUUAG